ACGGUUCUUCCACUUUAUGAUAAAGAGAGGUAUCCGAUGCGUCCUUACAAAUUCGCGGCGUAUCAAUUUUGAGAGUUUCGUCAAUUUAAUUUGUUUAUAACCUCUCACGCCUACUCUCACCCAUUCCUCACAUUGACUAUCGUCUCGUUCUCUCUCUCACCGGAAGUAGAAAGCCAACGAUGUCUGCAACACAGGAAGAAGACAAGAAGCCCGGUGGUGACGGAGGAGUUCACAUCAAUCUCAAGGUCAAGGGUCAGGAUGGAAAUGAGGUGUUCUUCAGGAUCAAGAGAAGCACUCAGCUGAAAAAGCUGAUGAAUGCUUACUGUGACAGGCAAUCUGUGGACAUGAACGCCAUUGCCUUCUUGUUCGAUGGGCGUCGUCUUCGUGCUGAGCAGACUCCCGAUGAGCUUGACAUGGAGGACGGUGAUGAGAUCGAUGCCAUGCUCCAUCAGACCGGUGGCUGUGGUGAUAGGACUGGCUAAGGAGUAAUCGGCAUUAGGAUUUGCAAACUUGUUUCUUUUUAUCGUGCAGACUUUUUUUUUUAUCGUGACCGUUGUCGUUAGAGAACUACAUGAGGCUAAAAAACCCUUUUGUUGAUUUAUGGUCUUGUUCGUUUGAUAUUGGAUCUCAAUAUCCUAUGAUACUAUUUUGGCUUUAAGUUAUUAUACAACCUGUUUGUUUAAAUC